AUGGCGCGAAUCAAGACUCCAAAGCCUUCUGAGUACGUCCGAGUAGGCACCGACCCAAACGAUAACAAGCCAUCCGUCGGAGGAUCUCUUCCGCUCGAAUACCUCGUCGUCGCUACGGUCAACGACGCCGAUACCGUUCAGUAUUAUGGCAUCGACACCUGGACGCUCCCCCGAGAGAUCCAAGUCGGCGACUACAACACGAUGGAUCGUAUCAGAAGCCCGUACAACAGCAGACUUGUUGCGGACAAGGUUUUCCAGUCAAGACUUACGGGAGGCACCCUAGAUCAAGCCGUGAAGGACGAAGUGGAUCCGCCACAGUUGAAGAAAGGAAUGAAGAGAGCGCAUGAUCCGGCAAAGCCGCCGCCUUUGCGUCCCCUCCAGGCCGCAGUCCAACGGCAACCUCGCAAGGUGGACAAAGGGAAUGGCGACAUCCUUGCAGUCAUCACCUUCGUCAACACAUUCAUCCCGAAGAACUUGAAGCUGCCGCGGAACUUCCAGGUCGCCCUCGACGCGACGGAGACGUUUGCCACUCUCAUGGCGGAGAUCAAAGCGGAGGCGAAGACUUUUUGCCCUGGCAAAGACAAGAAUUUGGGCUGGUUGUUGGAGAGCCGUAGCUCGCCCUUGGGCUACUGGGCGGAUCUGGAGAUCUGGGUGCUGCCAAGGGGAAAGACGGAGUUGAUUCAAUGGAGGAAGGAUACGGUGGGAUUGGUCGCUAGGGACUUCUUGGGAGCAUCCGAUCCGCAAUGCGAGACUGAUGGCAGAGUAUUGUUCAUGGAGGUCAGAGUCGUACCGGAUCCGGAGGCAAAGGCGAAGAAUGUGGCUUUCAAGGCGAGGAGUAAGGAGAUUGAGGACAGGGUGAAGAAGAGCAGCAUGGGCAAGGACACUGCGCAGGAGAAGAAGAGGAAGAGAGGUGCGAGUUCGACUGCAACGAAGAGCAGGAAGAAGUCCAAAACCGGCCGUCAGACUCAAGCUGAGGCAGAGCCUGACGCAGAAGAGAGCGAGGACGAGCUCCAACUGCCGGACCCAGUCGAGGAUGAGGAACAGCCCGAAGAAGAGCCCGAGCAAGAGCCCGAGGAGGAGGAAGAUGAAGAAGAAGCCCUGGUUGAACCCGAAUCACCCAGGAGCAAGAGAAGGCGCUUGCAAGAGACAUUGGAGAAGGCUCAACGAGAGCUCGCCGCGAUGAACACAGCUACCGCGGCCAAACAGUCGAAGAAGCCGCAACGACAAGCUCGUGGGACUGGGGGGAGAGGAAGGCCUGCAACACUGACCCAAAAUCCGGCCGACGAGGACAUGAUCGACGAGGAAGAGGAAGAGCACGGCAACCCACCAGCACCAGGAAGAGCCCCAGAGUUCUAUGCAUCUGAGUUGCCUCCAAGCCAAGGACCUGCGCCCAAGAUAAGAUGUAAGACGCCGGCGAGCCGAUCGACCAGACCAAGUCCACCAGCCGAGAUGCUACCGCCUGCUCGCAAAGCCAAAAAGGCAGCAUCGCGUCGAUCAGCCACGAUUGCAGCGUCCCCUCCUGUAACCAAGACUUCAGCCAAAGGAAGGAAAGCAUGGCGGUGA